AUGGCAGCCAUCAACUUCCCCCGAUCGGCUACGGUCCUGUCACACAAAACCAUCGGCAAGCGCAGUUGGGCUGGUGAAGAGCCCGGUGUGAUUCUGGAUUUUGUCGUGGUCUUCAUCGUGCUCUGUGGGAUUUUGGGCCUCAUCAUUCAGAAAGCGUGGCGGAAUCGUCAGGCUGAGAGGGCAGAAUGGGAAAUAACGGAGAUUAAGGAUUAG